GAGAAAAAAAAAAGGAAAGGUAGAGAGAGAAAGAGCUGGAGGGCUUGUUAUGGGGUUAGCGUGAGAGAAAGCGCUGUGUUUUCCACCCUUCCUUUACCAGUCCAACCAGUAACUCUGGAUAGAAAAGCCUCAGCAGUUUAUACCCUUGUGGUCCCUGAUGGCUUCGCACAGUGAUACUCUGGUGGUGUUCUUUGGGGCAACAGCUGGUGCAAAUGGGGGUAAACUGGGUUCGGAUGAGAGGGAAAUAAUUCUGUUGGUGUGGCAAAUUGUGGACCUACAUGAGAAGAAGGUGGGAAAGAUUCAGCAACGACUGAUUAAACCAGACACGCUAGAGCUGACAGACCAGUGCAAGGAGGAGACUGGACUGACUGUGGAGGAGCUUGGCAAAGCAGAUCAUCUGGACACAGUUCUGCAACAGUUCCAGCAGGCUGUCUCAGCUGAGGUAAAGGCUCUGGGUCGGAGCUCCUACACGCUGUGUGUUGACGGACCCCUUCUCAUCCGCCAGGCGCUGCACCCUGAGGCAUCCAAAAAGAAUCUGGUCCUUCCAGAAUGUUUCUACCAAUUCGUGGAUUUAAAGAGAGAGUUCCACAGAUGUUGUCCAAACGCUGGUCCAGUGAAAGACCUCAGCCUACCCUCAAUGCUCGAAUAUUUGUGUCUCCCUGCAGUAAACGAGCAGCUGGCUGGAGUGAGGGAGGUGAAGAGCAUGAUGAUGAUCAUCCAGCACAUCCUGGCUGAGCCAUACAAUCAUAAAUUCUCGUCGCUUGAGCCGGUGAAGUACAAGUUUGAGUCUGGAGCCUGCAGUAAGACUGAAGCUGUGGACAGCGAGACGGUCAUCAGAGCCAGAGGGUUGCCAUGGCAGUCAUCUGACCAGGACAUCGCUCGCUUCUUCAAGGGCCUUAACAUUGCCAAAGGCGGGGUGGCGCUGUGUCUGAACGCUCAGGGCCGCAGGAAUGGAGAGGCUUUGGUGAGAUUCAUCAACUCUGAACACAGAGACAUGGCUCUGGAACGGCACAAACACCACAUGGGCAGCAGAUACAUAGAGGUGUAUAAAGCAACUGGAGAGGAGUUCCUAAAGAUUGCUGGAGGCACAUCCAAUGAAGUGGCUCAGUUCUUGUCUAAGGAGAACCAGGUGAUCAUCCGCAUGCGUGGCCUGCCUUUCACUGCCACGCAGCAGGACGUGCUCGGGUUCCUGGGCCCUGAUAGUCCUGUAACGGAUGGAACUGAGGGCCUGCUCUUUGUCAAGUUCCCAGAUGGAAGACCCACAGGCGAUGCCUUUGUGCUGUUUGCCUGUGAGCAGUAUGCACAGAACGCUCUGAAGAAGCACAAGCAGAUUCUGGGGAAGAGAUACAUUGAACUUUUCCGCAGUACUGCAGCUGAGGUCCAGCAGGUGUUGAAUCGUUACAUGUCCACUCCACUGAUUUCCACGCUCCCUCCUCCUCCCAUGGUUCCGGUUCCUGUACUUGCUGCGCCUCCCUUCAUCACCACAGCCAGCACCAGAGACUGCGUCCGUCUGCGGGGGCUCCCCUACACUGCGGGUAUCGAGGACAUCCUGGAGUUCAUGGGAGAACACACUAUAGAUAUCAAACCACAUGGUGUUCACAUGGUGCUCAAUCAACAGGGUCGUCCUUCUGGUGAUGCCUUCAUCCAGAUGAAGUCGGCUGACAGAGCAUUCAUGGUGUCCCAGAAGUGCCAUAAGAAGAUGAUGAAGGACCGUUAUGUAGAGGUGUUCCAGUGCUCCACUGAAGAGAUGAGCUUUGUGCUGAUGGGGGGAACUCUGAACCGUAGUGGCCUUUCUCCUCCUCCCUGCAAACUGCCCUGCCUUUCUCCACCGACCUACGCUGCGUUUCCGUCCCCAGCAGCCAUGCUCUCCGCUGAGGCCCUCUAUCAGCCCCCCCUGCUGGCCACACCCAGAACUCCACAGCCCCCGACUCACAGUCCCGCUCCCGCUCUGACCUACUACUCUCCUCAGCCACAACUGUACAUGAACAUGAACAUGAACUACACAGCCUAUUACCCCAGCCCUCCAGUGUCGCCCUCUACAGUAGGCUACUUCGCAGCUCCUCCAGGUUCAAUGGCGGCUGCAGUGGCUCAGCCACCUCCACCCGUUCUGCCCCAGCCUGGAGCUCUGGUCCGCAUGCAGGGGUUGCCAUACAACGCUGGCGUCAAAGACAUACUCAGCUUCUUUCAGGGCUUCCAGCUCCAGGCGGACUCUGUCCUUGUCUUGUACAAUCUGAGUGGCCAGCGGAGCGGGGAGGCCCUGGUGACUUUCCCCAGCGAGGAGGUGGCGAGGCGGGCCGUGGCCGAGCGCUCCAACCUCCCUCUCUCUGGUCACCCUGUCCGUCUGAUGUGCUGCGAUUGACCAAAACUCUAAACUGACUGCUGGACCGAGGAACGAGCAAGCUCCGCACUUCACCCGACGAUCCUCCAUUAGCCUGCGACCUGUGUACCCCACCUCUAAACCAACCUCUUGUGCAGCUGGCACACGGGCAGCCUUUACUCCUCCUUUUUUGUGUUUGUUUUUUUGUUAUGAAUAAUGUGCUGCUACCGCUGGAGGGAAACUAACAUGAAAAACAUUGUGUAUUUAUAUGUAUUUGUAUUUGGAUAUGUAUAAGUGCCUUAUUUUUGUGUAGAUCAGCCGUGUGCGUUUUGAGACACAGGGAGUAAAAAAAAAGGCGUGGAUAUUAGCUGUGUGCCUUAUUAAUAUUAUUUCUUGUUAUGUUUUAGAUGUUUGUACAUCUAAACCGUUAUCGAGGCCUUCUUUUUCCAAGUGCUAUGGAGCAAAAAAAAAAAAAAAAAAAAACUAACCUCAAGCUCUUCCUGUGGGUGAAUGCCACACUAAAGUAUCCACUCUUUUCUAACGUGUACACUACUCCCUGUAAGCCAAUGGAAGGCAGUGCAAUAUUAUAAUACAAGGGCUAAGCCAUAAGGCCUGCUGGAUAUAAGAGUUAAACUGAAACUGAAACACUACUGAAUGCCAUAUAGCUGUAGAGUGUGGAAGCCACUACUACUGAAUGUACAGAGAGGUUAUACACAGCCAAAGUAUGCUUUAAAACCUAGAGACUAUGUAGACGACUUGCUGAAAGUAGGAUUUAUAAAGAUAGGAUUUUUUGUUUGUUGGCUUUCUGUUAUUGAGCACUGUAGAGCCCUGUAAAACCACACUGUACCUGAAUGCUCAGAAUGAAAUACUCAAAAGAGUGAACAGAGUGUUCCCCUCUUAGUUUAUUCAAUUCCUGAAGAGACAUCUCUUUUUAUUUAAUGCCACAAACUAGUUCUGUUUAGUUUGACCUGCAUGCUCUCCCUCUAGGCCUUUGCUAGUGACUGAGGCAAUGGAUUUUGUUCCCUGCUGUAUCUACUGUAAGAAGUGCUGUAAAGUGUCAGCAGGCCAUAACAAUCUGUCUCCUUGUUUUUGACUGCUCUGUGUAUUUCCACUCAUUUUUUUAAGCUGUGAGGAAGCAACCUGCUAAGAUUAGGGCUGUGCUGACUUUCUUUUGUUGCCUUUACUUCAUUAACCAGAGUGCAAUACCAGCUGAACAAAGAUUGGCAGGCCUCUCUGGCAACCGAUUGGGCAUUUUCUUUCUUGUUUUUUUUUUGUUUUAAGCAAGUUUGAAACUUGUAUGAAUCUAGAGACGACAUUUAUGUGACUCUUGUAUGCAAACAAAUAAAAUAUUACUCUGUAAAACCUGA